CAAAAACAAUAGUAACGGAUAUUUUUAUUUUUUUUGCGGAUUCACCUUUAGAUCAUUCAAAUCGGUUACAAAUUAGAGCAUAGGGGGAAUGACAUUUUUUGUUUAUUUGAUGAAAAUAAUCAACGUCAGGUAUUUUCGAGAGAAGAAUGGAGAUUAAAGAAGGAAAGUAGCUUUGACAAGUUGCCCAGAAUCAAAAUAUAUGGUGAAAUGAAACAGACCAUUGAUGGUUACAUCUACCUCUGAAACCACAAUAAAUAUAUCUUUUGCUGUAUAUAACACUCUUCGCUUCCCUCACCACACUCCAUAACACUGUUACCAUCUCCGUCACAUGGCUACCGCCUCCCACCCUCCCUCCGCCACGAUUCAAAUCGAACAACCGUCAAAACUGCCAGAUUUUCAGGCUAGUGUCAAACUGAAGUACGUUAAAUUAGGCUACCAUUACUUGAUUACCAAUCUUUUCACUCUUUCUCUCUUUCCUCUCAUUGUCGUCACCGCCGUCCACUCCACCCAACUGAAUCUUGAAGAUGUCAAGAACCUCUACGCUCACCUGCAAUCCCACCUCUUCGCCGUCUUCGCCGUGAUUUGUACGGCCGUGUUCGGGGUCACAACCUACCGUACGACCCGACCCACACCCGUUUAUCUCGUUGAAUAUUCUUGCUACCGACCGCCGGACCACCUGAAAGUCCCAUACCACGUGUUUAUGGACCAUUCGAAACUUCACGGCGCCUUCAAUGAGUCGUCGCUUGAGUUUCAACGUAAGAUUCUUGAACGUUCCGGUCUCGGAGAGGAAACUUACCUCCCGGCGGCGCUUCAUGCCAUCCCGGCUGUACCAUCGAUGGCAACUGCUAGAGAAGAAGCAGAGGAGGUGAUGUUUGGAGCUCUUGACAAUCUUUUCAAUUCGACGAAAAUUAAUCCGAAAAACAUCGGGAUCUUGGUGGUUAAUUGCAGUCUUUUCAAUCCAACUCCGUCGCUAAGCUCCAUGAUCGUUCACAGAUACAAACUCCGAGGAAACAUUAAGACAUUCAAUCUGAGCGGGAUGGGUUGCAGCGCCGGUGUGAUCGCCGUUGAUUUAGCAAAAGAUAUGCUACAAGUUCACCGGAAUACCUACGCGGUGGUCGUCAGUACAGAGAAUAUCACCCAAAACUGGUACUUCGGUAAUAAAAAGUCAAUGCUGAUCCCAAACUGUCUUUUCAGAGUUGGUUGCGCCGCCGUGCUUUUAUCAAACAAGUCCGCCGAUAAACGCCGGUCAAAAUACAAACUCCUCCACGUCGUCCGUACCCACUACGGCUCCAACGACACUGCUUUCAAAUGCGUUUACCAAGAUCAAGACGACGCUGGAAACACCGGAGUAUCGCUUUCCAAAGACUUAAUGACGGUCGUCGGCGGCGCAUUGAAGUCAAACAUCACCACAUUAGGCCCACUCGUACUUCCAAUCAGCGAACAGCUUUUAUUUUUCGUCAACCUCGUAGCCAGAAAACUCAUAAACUCAAAAAUCAAACCAUAUUUACCGGAUUUUAAGCUGGCGUUUGAUCAUUUCUGCAUCCACGCCGGCGGGAGAGCGGUGAUCGACGAAAUGGAGAAGAAUUUGCAGCUGACGGAGGAGCACGUUGAAGCAUCACGGAUGACGUUGCACCGGUUCGGGAACACGUCAUCAAGCUCGAUUUGGUACGAAUUGGCCUACACAGAAGCUAAAGGGAGAAUUAAGAAAGGGAACCGGGUUUGGCAAAUCGCCUUCGGAAGCGGCCUCAAAUGCAACAGCGCCGUCUGGGUGGCUGUUCGAACCGUCGCACCAUCGACUGAUAAUCCUUGGGAAGAUUCCGUUGAUAAGUACCCUGUGAAAAUGGUAUAUUAAUUUUAUUUACUAGUUUCGUUAGAAUUAUUAUAUAUGAAAAAAGAAAUGGUGUGUUUAGGAUGUCGUUGGGUAGAAGGUCUAUUUUUAUGUUUCGAUUAUUUUGCUAGGAUUGGAGAAGCAGUGUGUCAAAGGGAUUUAUUGUAAUUCAAUAUUUACUUAAAGUGAUAUUAACGAGUACCAUAUUUAUGUAAAA